AGGGCUAGAGCAAAGCUGCAAGCAAGCGAUGGCGAUGGCGGCGUCCACGGCGUCGAUUGGAAGCACGCUACCGCGGCCUAGUCUCCGACGAUGCAAGCAAGAGGUCUCGCCCUUCUCCCAGUGCUCUUCCUGCUCUUUCUCCAAGGCGGCAGAGUUCCUGGCUAGAAGCGCGAAGAUUUCGAGCGCGGGAUUGCAGAGAAUGGCGGGCAGGAAUCAAUCCAGCAGCGGCAUUCGAGUGUUUGCAUCGACGACGCUGUCCGAGAGCCCGGAGCUUCGUCCCAAGCGGCCAGGCGAGAGGAAAGGGUUUGUGGAGGAGAUGAGGUUUGUCGCAAUGAAGCUCCAUACCAAGGAUCAGGCCAAGGAAGGCGGGAAGGAGGCCGACGUGCAGCCGGUUGGGAGCUGGAAGCCGACCAUCCAAGGCUAUCUCCAGUUCUUGGUGGAUAACAAGCUCAUCUACGAGGUUCUAGAGGCGCUCGUUCGUAGAGCAUCGCAUUCGUUUUAUACCGAGUUCCAGGAUACGGGACUAGAGAGAUCGGAGGCUCUGGCGAAAGAUUUGGAAUGGUUUCAAGAGCAGGGUCACGAGCUUCCGGAGCCGAGCUUGGAUGGGAAAUCCUACGCAGAGUUCUUGGAGACGAUUGCCGAGGAGGACCCGCCCGCUUUUAUCUGUCACUUCUACAACUAUUACUUCGCUCACACUGCCGGUGGCCGAUUCAUUGGAAAGAAGGUCGCGGACGAGAUUUUGGACGGGAGAGAGCUCGAGUUUUACAAGUGGAAAGGCGAGCUUCCCAAGCUUUUGAAUGCGGUGAGGGAUAAGAUCAACAGAAUAUCAGAGGAAUGGAGCCGCGAGGACAAAGAUCGGUGCUUGAAAGAGACCGCCAAGUCCUUCAAGUACUCCGGAAAGAUCCUCCGAAAGAUAAUCUCGUCCUAGCGUCCCAAGUGUAAAAAUGCGUGGCGGUUUGUUACUUCUAUACAAAAUUUCUUUGUAGCUCAUGAUCAAUACAGGCACACGCAAGAAGAAAUAAAACUUUUUCACCCUGGAACGCUCC